AUGGCUCGAACACGCUCGUAUUUCAGCACUCGCGCUCGCAAGCGCCAAAGUGAGCACCAGACCAGGAACAAGACCGAGCACGUGCCCGCCCGCAUUCUCGCACGUGAGCCGGUACCCCUCGACCCAGGGCGGCCCUCACUGGCGGAGCUGCCCGACGAUGUGGUGCUCCUAGUCCUCAGCUUCGCACGGCAUGUCCAGCACCACACGGUACACAUCAACCUGAGCCAGCGUAGCCAGGCGCUAGGGCGCCUCGAUGUCCUGGCACGCAAUCUUCUGCUGUCUGCCGUCCGCGUGCUCGAGGUAGACAGCAGUAGCAAUGUAGCCCAGGAAGGAGAGGAAAGGGACGAGAUCCUGACCCGGCUGGCCGAUAUGCUGCCACACAUGACUGGGCUGCGUGACCUGAACUGGCACUUGCCACCUGUCUCACGUGACUGGCGCAGGCACGUGCCAGUGCUUAUCCCGCACGCCUUUCUCGAUCACGUGCCCACGCGUACGCGCCUGCACACAUGCGUUGCCUGCAUCGCCACGGACGAGUCGCAUGGCCAGGCGAGGGCGUUCCUCGCUCAGCUUGCAAACAACCAAAACCUCUUCUCCCUAUCCGUUCACGUCGCCUUUGUCGGCGAGCACGCAUGUCGCGCAACGAUGCACGUCUUAAAGCAGGUUCUACUCUCGUGCCCGCGUCUCACCCGUAUUCCAUUGCUCUAUAUCGGGCCGCCUGAAGGCGUUAUGGGUAUAUCUAGACCGGGGGCCCCGUACUGCGGGCUGGGCCUGUCUGGGGGCGAGAGACUGCCGGCGCUGGAGGAGCUUGGCGUUACGAUCUAUCCGUGGGGCUAUGUGCCCACGGCAGCUCUCCUCGCCAUGUAUGGUAUUUAUUGUGCCGCAUAUCCCGAGAAGGUUAAUGAGCUGCAAUAUUGGGCUGAGACGUUCGAUUGGUCGCGAAUACGCAGACUAAAUGAUAUCCCUUCUACCCUAGGGCUGGAUAUUGUUCCGAAACUAAUAGCUCUCAAAGAAGUUGUCUUCGAGCACCGAUUCGGCCGGCAAUGGAACAAAGCUACGUUUCUAGAGCAAGUUCCUACAGAGCUCGAGCUUGUAAGCAUUCCGGCUUGGAGCUACGUCAGUAGUAAGCCUGGUCCCAUUAUUCGGCACGGAGCGGCGCUGCGCAAAUUAACGAUCCAUUGUAUGGAGCCGUGGACGGCUGGUAGUCUCGUAACCGAUGCAGAUCUAGUCGCCUUGUGCAACGGCCUCCCGUAUCUUACAGAGCUAGCCCUGGAUAUUGCCAGGAACAAAAACGAGAACGACUGGCCCUAUAGCUCGCUCGAAAUUAUUGCGAGGUUUCCGUACCUGCAAAGCGUCAAACUAUGGUUCGAGCUAGGCUAUGGACUUCCUUCACGGCCAAUACCACACGUCACUGUUUCUGCAGCCCAUCAUCUUUUUGCCUACCUCCGGGAGCGGAACAGAAAUAUACAGCGUCUUGAGCUUUCCUCGGGUGCUCCGAGUACUCCGAGCCAGGCGACCUGGACUCCAGACUCGGAUUGGGCGAUACAGAAUUCUGUCCGCCUCCUAUGCGAGGUUUCGUUGCGUGAUGGUGAUGCAGUUAACGGGUUUAUUAGGGUGACAUGCCCGGAUUUUAGUAAGGAGAUGAAUGCGGAGCUUGGUCGUCGUGUUAAGGAAAAUAGGGAGGGUAGGAGAGGGCUAGCUGAGGAUGUAAUGGGAUUAUUGCUCGAGGUUGCACUUGAUGGACCGCUGACCCUGCAAGAGUGGAAGGCUUGGGUCGAACUGAUGCGGGGAUACGAGGCCCAGCGCCAGCAAAAAUCUGCUUUCAGGAGGCUCCUUUCGUGUAUCUCCAAGUGUAUCUGA